CAGGAUAGAAAGAUGGUAGCAAAGGAUAGCUAUAGUUCCUUGAAUGGACAUGCAAUGAUGAGUGGAAGUGGCCGUGAAAGCUACACCAAAAACUCAUCAUACCAGGUAAAAAUAUGCCAGUCCGAAAUCCAUUCCGGGGAAAUGUGUUUUGGAAUUGUAAUUUUUUGAAGAUUGUAUGGUUAAAAAGUAGGAAAAAGUUUUAGGUUUACGUGUAAAAUUAUUUUAUUGGAGAACGUGUUAUUGAAAAUGAGUUUUGAAAAAAAUGGAAAAAACAGUUAUUUCCCUUGUACAAGGGGGUUUUUGUCGAGCAGUGUACAAGAGUUGCGCAACAGCACCUGAUUGGCAGUUCUUCUUUCUUUUUUCCAACUUUCAAUGAAAAUUUGACAAAUUCCUCGUGUAUUAACCCCGGCAAAAUCCUCCUAUACAUGUAGCUGCUCUUUGGAAAAAAUGUCGAUCAAAUAGGGGCUAUAUAUCUAUAAAUACGCACGUGUUUCAGUGUUUGUAUAUUUGCUCCUUCUAAUGUGGGUUUGUGUUGUGUAGAGAGGUGUUAUUGAUGCUGCCAAGUUACAUAUUCAAAGUGCCAUUGCUAAGAAGCUUCAACCAGAAAACUUUGCAACAUUAGACGCAUUUUCCAUUGCUGAUUUAGGUUGUUCAGUUGGACCUAACACUUUCUUUUCAGUGCAAAACAUUCUUGAAGCUGUCAAACUCAAGUACAAAAUCCAUGAAAGCAAUACCAGAAUCCUAUAAUUUCAAGUUUUCUUCAAUGACCAUUCAAUGAAUGAUUUCAACACCCUCUUCAAGUAUCUCCGACCAUAUAGGGAAUAUUGUGCUUCAGGCGUUCCGGGAUCGUUCUAUUCCCGCUUGUUCCUACGAGCAUCUCUCCACUUUGUGCACUCUUCGUAUUCACUCCACUGGCUUUCUCAAGUGCCGAAAGAGGUUACAAAUAGAAAGUCACUUGCUUGGAACAAGGGGAGGAUUUACUACCUUCCUUCAUGCUAGAGAAGAGAUAACCAAGGCAUACUUGUCUCAGCAUGCCAUGGAUAUGGCCAACUUUCUAAGCGCAAGAGCAGAAGAGGUAGUCCCCGGUGGAAUAAUGACAAUCGUUGUCCCGGCUCGCCCAAAUGGAACCCCUCAUGAUCAAGUCAUUUUUAACAUGAUGUUUGAUCUCUUGGGAUCUUGUCUCAUGGAACUCUCCAAAAAUGGAUUGAUCGAUGAAGAGAAAGUGGAUUCAUUUAACAUACCGGCAUACUGCACGCGUCCUCAAGAAUUGGAAGCAGCCAUACAGAAAAACGAAUGUUUUACCAUAGAAAGCAUAGAGUUUGCCCUCAGCGAUGGCACCGGACACUCACCAUGGGCCCCGAGAUGUAUCUUUCAGCAUAAGAGCCAUUACUCAGGAAUUAAUAAAGGAACAUUUUGGUGGUGAGAUUAUAGAUGAACUUUUCGACCUGUUCACCAACAAGGUCGCGGAGGCACAUCAAGUUAUUGUUGAAUAUUUGUUCAAAAUCAAUGGAAUGAUAAUGGACUAAUUGUUGGGCUCAAUUGUGGAAUUGGUAAAAUCAAAAGAAAUUGAAAAAUGAAAAUUUUGAUUUUUUGCCUAUGCGAAGGCACAAACUUAUUUUUGUGCGUACGCGAGAUGUGUUUUGACAAAAUCAGAAUUAAAUUUUGCUUCUACUAUGUGUACGCACGGUUAUACUAUGCGUAUGCAUGGUGUUAAAAAAUAGCCAUUGGCUAAUUUUUCAAUUUGAAACUUGGGAGUCGUUUUGGAUUAAAAGUUGCCACUUUUCAUCUU